AUGUCUGAUACUCUAAGAUUUCGAUAUGAAACAGAAAGACUCAACAGUUUUGUCAAUUGGCCAGUUUCAUUUUUAAAUCCAAGUUCAAUGGCUACUUCUGGAUUCUAUUAUUUUCAAAGAGAAGAUGUUGUUCGGUGUGCAUUUUGUGGUGUUGAAAUUGGAUCUUGGGUUGAGGGAGAUGAUCCCACACUAGAUCAUAAAAGAUGGUCACCUUCAUGUAAAUUUGUCCAAAACAUGCCAUGCGGAAAUGUUCCCGUAAAAAAUAUCUCUGAAGAUCAACAACCAUCACUACAAAACUUAGGGAUAAAUCAAAUCAAAUUUCCAUCCUUUCCCCAGUUUAAAUUAUUAGAGUCAAGACUUAAAUCUUAUCAAAAAUGGCCAAAAACACCAAAAUUUACACCUGAAAUGUUCAGUGAGGCUGGAUUUUUUUAUACAGGGAAAGAAGAUGGCAUUAUAUGUUAUUACUGUGGUGGGGGGUUGAAUAAUUGGAGUAAGGAAUCGGAUGAACCUUGGGUUGAACACGCUAGACACUUCUCAAAAUGUUAUUUUUUGCUAACAACCAAGGGAAAAAGCUUUGUUAGUAAUGUAUGUGCAAAAUCCCCAACAAAAGAAUCAAAACAAGAGGGUUUAAAUGAAUAUAAAUUAAAACAAGAGGAGGAUAAUCAAGACAUAUUAAGUAAAAAAUUACAAAAAAAUAAUCCAGGAAACAAUGAAUGCAAAAUAUGCUAUAUGGAAGAAGUGGCUAUUGUGUUCUUACCCUGUGCUCAUGCUGUGGCCUGUGUAAAAUGUGCUUUGUCACUAACUAAAUGUGCAGUUUGUCGCCAAGAUAUCAAUGCAACCAUCCGUGUGUUUUUUUCAUAA